UCUAGCCUGAUGGAGGAAUGAUUUGUGCAGGGUUGCAGGUUGCAUUCGCUGUCUGUGGCUGAGCCCGAGUGAAAGACAGGGGAUUUAUGGAAGGUUUCUCUUGGUUCUUGCAGGAGCCCGUGGCUUUUGAAGACGUGGCCGUGUAUUUCACGGAAGGGCAGGCUGCUCUCCUGGAUCCAGACCAAAGGGCUUUGUACAGGGAGGUCAUGCUGGAGAAUUACCAAAUUGUGUCCGCACUGGAAGGACUUCCAGGCCCCAAACCUGACCUCAUCUCCCGGCUGGAGCUAGGGGAAGACCUGUGGGGGCCUGAUUCUCAGGGUGUAGACGAAACAGAAAUCUCUGAUGAGCACUCAGGUGAUUCCAGGAAGAAACAUUUGUGCCCGGUGUGUGGUCAGUCUUUCACUCGUAAAUCAUCUCUUACUAGACACCAGAGAAUCCACACAGGAGAAAAACCCUAUAAUUGCCUGGAGUGUGGGAAGCAUUUUUCUGAAAAGGCCGAACUCGCAAGCCAUCAGAGAGUUCAUGGGGAGGAGAAACCAUACAAGUGCCGUGAAUGUGGGAAAUGUUUCAUUUACAAAUCCAAACUCAUUGUGCAUGAGAGAGCCCACACCGGAGAGAAACCCUACAAGUGCCAGGAGUGUGAGAAAUGCUUCGCUUACAAAUCGUGCCUUGUGAGUCAUCAGAGGCUCCACACAGGAGAGAAGCCCUAUGAAUGUCUGGAGUGUGGCAAAUGUUUUGCUCAGCAAUCCGCCUUUGUGAUACACCAGAGAAUCCACACAGGGGAGAAGCCCUACAAAUGCACUGAGUGUUGGAAAAGUUUCCCUCAGCUGUCCGACCUGGUGAACCAUCGGAGGGUCCACACAGGAGAAAAACCCUACAACUGUUUGGAGUGUGGUAAAUCGUUUGCGCAGUGUUCAGCCCUCGUCAUACACCACAGAGUCCACAUUGGGGAAAAGCCCUAUAUGUGCGUAGAGUGUGGGAAAGGUUUUCCGCAACAGUCGGAGCUCGUGAAGCACUGGAGGACCCACACAGGAGAGAAACCCUAUGCGUGCUCGGAGUGUGGGAAAUGUUUCCUUCAGCAAGCACACCUUAGCGGACACCAGAGAAUCCACUCCGGCGAGAAACCUUACAGCUGCGGGGAGUGUGGGAAAAGUUUUGCUGACAAAUCGAACCUUGUGAAUCACCAGAGAAUCCACACGGGAGAGAAGCCCUAUCGUUGCACCGAGUGUGAGAAAAGUUUUGGGCAGAAAUCGCACCUGGUGAGGCACCAGAAGGUCCACACGGGAGAGAAACCAUAUAACUGCUUGGAGUGUGGGAAAUGUUUUGCUCAAAAAUCAAACCUUUUGAUGCAUCAGAGAGUCCAUUUGGGAUAGAACCUUAUUUGUGACACAUACCUAUCAUAUUGCAUGGGGCACGAACCCAUGGGGCGGGAAUUUGACUGAGGGCCGAAUUCAAUUCCAGAGAAGCUCUCCACCCAUCCAGUGGUGGGUGGAGCCAAAGGCAAGGGGGCAGGCCCAAAAGACAAAAUAUGCCAU